AUGAGAUCAUUAGAAUUCAACCGAGAUCAUUUUCGCGCCAUAAUUUAUUACAACUUUCAGAGACAAUUAUCGCAACAAGAAUGCCUUGCUGAGCUACUGUCUGUUUUCGACAAUUUUCCGUUGGUAUGGAGAAUUCCUGGACGGGUGAGUCUUAGCGACGAUCGCAGGGUGGGUGCACCAAAAACGGCAGUCACCCAGGAAAACGUCGAUGCUGUGCGCAAACUCAUCAUUGAAGAUAGACAUCAGAAAACAGCCAGGGUUAAUUGGUGUCAAAAAACGCUUGACCGUUUCAAUUCCAGAAACUCAAAAAAUGUGUACAGCAUUGUUAGUGGUGAUGAAUCGUGGAUUUACUGUUAUGAACCAGAAAAUAAACGACAGUCGGCUGCUUGGGUGUUCCAAGAUGAAGAAAAGCCAACAAAUGUCAUCCGUUCUCGAAGUGUUUCGAACGCGACAUUUCAAAGAACUGUUACUGCGGAUUGGUACACCACCAUUCGUUUGCCAAAAGUCAUCACCGAGCUUCGAAGAAUCAACCCCGAAAGAAGCAUCAUCCUCCACCAAGAUAAUGCAAGCUCGCACACAGCCCAAAAAACAAGGCAGUAUUUAACGGAAGAAAACGUGGAAUUAUUGGACCAUCCUCCAUACAGUCCCGAUCUAAGUCCUAACGAUUUCUUUACUUUCCCGAAAAUUAAAAACAGACUGCGUGGUCCAAGGUUCCAGUCACCAGAAGAAGCAGUUGACGCAUUCAAAAAUUCCGUUUUGGAUCUGCCAGCAAACGAGUGGAAUAAUUGCUUCGAAAAUUGGUUCGAGCCCAUGCAGUUGUGUAUUAAUCUUUAUGGAGAAUACUUCAAAAAACAAUAA